UAGCCGGCAGCAUUUAAACCGGAGACCCAGAGAUGCCCGACACUUGGUGCGCCCUUCGCGGACCUGGAGACCCAGUGCACCGCGGUAGCGUCACCCUCCGUCGCUCUUCCCGCGCCGAGCCCGAGUGGCUCGUGCUGCGGUCACUCACAGGGCCACGCGUCUACAGCGAAGGACUCGAAGACCUACGGGACUGAACUGACAGAAUGAACCGCACAGCCUACACUGUGGGAGCUUUGCUUCUCCUCUUGGGGACCCUACUACCGGCAGCUGAAGGGAAAAAGAAAGGGUCCCAAGGAGCCAUCCCACCUCCAGACAAGGCUCAGCAUAAUGACUCUGAGCAGACCCAGUCCCCACCACAGCCUGGCUCCAGGACCCGGGGGCGGGGUCAGGGGCGGGGCACCGCCAUGCCAGGAGAGGAGGUGCUGGAGUCCAGCCAAGAGGCUCUGCACGUGACAGAGCGCAAGUACCUGAAGCGAGAUUGGUGCAAAACUCAGCCCCUGAAGCAGACCAUCCACGAGGAGGGCUGCAACAGCCGCACUAUCAUUAACCGCUUCUGCUACGGCCAGUGCAAUUCCUUCUACAUCCCCAGACACAUCAGGAAGGAGGAAGGCUCCUUUCAGUCUUGCUCCUUCUGCAAGCCCAAGAAGUUCACCACCAUGAUGGUCACGCUCAACUGUCCUGAGCUACAGCCACCUACCAAGAAGAAACGGGUUACACGUGUGAAGCAGUGUCGUUGCAUAUCCAUUGAUUUGGAUUAAGCCAAAGCGGGCACAUCCAGCCUGCCAUAGCCAUACCGAGAGCUACACCUAAACCACCUGAUUCCUACUUGGCUUAAACCUAGAGAUCAGAAGAUCCAGCAGUUGCUUCCCAGCUGGAGGCUGCUUAUGCAUAGUGUAUGCACAUGCGUGUGCAUGGGUGUUGUGUGUGUUUCCAAACACCAGUGGAAGCAGCCUUUGCUAGAAGGCCCUUCCUGUUACUCUGCUUCAGAUGGUCGGAAACUCCCACACCACUGGACCCAAACAUCCACAGGGGCAGGGCUGUAGUUGGCUUUGCCUUUGUGUCCCAUGCGCCCCUCCUGGGUAGGAGGACUUCACUUGAGAAUGAAUACUAAUGGAAGAGGUAACUCCAAGGGCCGCAGUAGACUUGGAACCUUUCAGUGCUUGCCCUUUUCUCCCACAACCUAUUCCUUUCUUUGCUCUCCCUGACAUCUCAGUCUUAGCCCAUGUUCCUAAAUUAAUUCAGUUGACCGUGGGUGUAAAUGUUUCCUUCUUGUGAAGAACCCUGAGAAUGCUGGGAGAUGUGUGAUGGAGGACAAACAGGACGGAGAUUGACAAAGGAGUGUUGAGGCUGAGGACCAGUCUGGGACAGUGAAAUUCAGUAUUAAGAUGUCCAGAGUUUGAAAGUUGUUCCCCCAAAACAGUGAAAGAAUUUUCCUGAUAUUUAAAAGAACCUAGAUGCGCAGGGGUGAAA